AUGCCUCACUGCGGAUUCUGUACCAAGGAGAUUCCCACAUUGGGAGGUGUCAAGAAACAUAUCGCAGGACGCCCUGACUGUAGAAGGCAAUGGGAGCUGCUGGUUGAAAAUCAAAAUGACAUUGGCGUACCUACAAACCAAGCCGCUGACACCAGCGCUGACUAUCACGCUGACUCGUAUUCUCCCCAUCGCCGCUCACGCUCUGAGUCUUCCAAUCCCGAUGCAGACAACCCAGCAGCGCCAAAACAUCGGCGGGUGACCAUCGAGGAGGUUGAAGAUGAGGACAACGCACGAUAUUUUGAACAAUGUGCUGGUGCUGGCCAAACACUGCGUGAAGGACAAACCGGCUUUGAAAGGCUUCAGCAGUAUCAGGAGUGUAUGGGCGAGGACAAAUGGGCUCCAUUUUAUGAUGGGGAGGAAUGGGGACUCGCCGAAUGGCUUGUUAAAAGCCUCGGCCAGACUCGAACAGACGAGUUUCUAAAAUUACCUAUAACACAAAACCGAACGAAACCUUCUUUUCACAAUAACCGAUCUUUCCUCCAGAAAGUCGACGAGCUUCCACACGGAGCAGCCUGGAGUUGCAAAAAGGUUGAGGUCCAGGGAAAUAAAACUGAUGAGAAGGGCCAGCCGUUGCAUGAAGACGUUGAAGUUUGGAUGCGCGAUCCUGUGGAGUGCGUCAAAGACCUCAUUGGAAAUCCACUGUUCCGCGAUCACAUGGUGUACACACCUGCGCGAGCAUACAAGGACCCUGCAGGACUUCACCGAGUAAUUGACGACAUGUGGACGGCGGACUGGUGGUGUGACAAGCAAAAACUGUUGCCGAUCGGUGCGACAAUUGCACCAAUCAUUCUUGCAUCAGACAAAACAUGUCUGUCGCAAUUCCGAGGUGAUAAAUCAGCAUGGCCCGUGUACCUAAGCAUAGGCAACAUUGCGAAAGAGAAGAGGCGGCAAACGUCAGCGCGAGCAACGGUCCUUAUUGGAUACUUACCAGCAGGAAAGCUUGAUUGCUUUACUUCAGAUACACGCUCCCUUGCCGGUUACCGACUUUUCCACCAUUGUAUGUCCCUGCUCCUCCAACCCCUCGUUGCUGCAGGUCGAAAUGGUGUCGAAAUGGUCUGCGCCGACUCGUUGAUCCGUCAAGUCUACCCCAUCCUUGCUGCUUAUGUAGCCGAUUUUCCGGAGCAAUGUCUUGUCGCGUGUUGUAAGGAAAAUCGGUGUCCAAAGUGUUUGGUCGCUGCAGAUGAACGAGGUGAUCCGCUGACUUCACUGAUGCGGGACCCUGAUGUGACAAAAGAUAUAUUAGAGAAGCGGAAGAAUGGUCAGCAUCCGAUUCAAUUUGACGACAAUGGGUUACGCGCCGUCUACAAUCCAUUCUGGGCAAAUCUCCCUCACACCGACAUCUUUCUUGCCUUCACGCCUGACCUCCUCCACCAGGUCCAUGAAGGUGUCUUCAAAGAUCACCUGGUUAAAUGGUGUCUUGAAAUUGUCGGAGAAGAAGAAUUGGACGCACGCUUCAAAGUAAUGCCAGAUUACCCUGGUCUUCGGCACUUCAAGAAAGAAAUGCAACGCGUCUUCAUCGGUCUGCUCGCUGGUGCUGUCCCAAGUCGAGUCUUAUUGGUUGCGCGAGCGAUUCUGGACUUUUCAUAUUAUGCACAGCUUCGAAUGCACACUGCUGAAUCCCUCGAUGGUCUGGAGAGCGCGCUUGCGGUGUUUCACGCCAACAAGGACAUCCUGCGGGAGCUUGAAGUUCGCGAACACUUCAAUAUUCCUAAAUUACAUCAAAUCUCACACUUCGUUAAGUCAAUCACUCUAUUUGGUUCCACCGACGGUUUCAACACUGAGCUUCCGGAACGACUACACAUCGAUUUCGCAAAAGACGCCUAUCGUGCCAGCAACAAACGUGACUAUGAGGAGCAGAUGGCCUUAUGGCUUCAACGGCAAGAAGCCGUUUUCCUGCGUAGUUCUUACCUUGAUUGGUUGUCAGAACGAUCUCAGUCAGCCACAGUAUCCAGUCACACAGAUCCCAACCGCAGAUUUGACUUGGAUUCAGACUCGGACGCCGAGAUUGAAGAGUUGCAGUCUGAGUCACGCAGCGCUGCCCCUACAAACGCAAGUCCAUCACUUCCUAUUGAUGUGCCAGUGGUCCACGUUCUCGCGAAGUCUCCUGCACACCCUCGUCAGUCUGUUGAUCACCUCAUCACCGCACAUGGUGCCACCAUGUUUCUCCCUGCCCUCAAAUCUUUCCUGCACGAGCAAUUGCCACGCAACAACAUUGUCCCCGGUCCACAUGACCGUUUCGAUGUUUAUCGACAAGUUGUCGUAGUCGCUCCCCCUGAUCCACGCACCGGUGACUCACCAAAACGGUGGCGCAUUAGAGCGACACCUGAGGUGCAGCCUGGUGCUGGCCGCCAGAAACCUGGCUCCCCCGCUAGAUUUGAUAUGGUGCUGAUAAGUGAUGGUGUUCGGACGUCGAAUUUGCAGACAUUCGAAGGUGUGCGAGUUGCGCAAGUUCGCAUUAUAUUCACCCUGCCUCGUCAGUUUCAAGUUGGGACGUUCUCCCGAGCGCUAGCUUACGUCGAGUGGUUCACGCCGCUUCGGGAGCCAGAUCCCUCCUCUGGCCUACGUCAAGUGUCACGUUCGACUCGUCAGCUGCACCGGAAUGCAGCCGUGAUACAUCUAGAUGAAAUUGUUCGUCCGUGUCACCUUAUUCCAAAGUUGGGACCAUCUGUUGACCCCGGGUGGACGAGUGCGAACAUCUAUGAGAUGGCACAUGAAUUUUAUUUGAAUACUUAUAUUGACCUUGAGACAUUUUGUAUUUCCGCUCUUAGUGACUAG